AUGUCGACAACAACUUCUACGUACCUUCAGCUCCAGGAGAAGCCUAUGACUUUUCAUCGUGGAUUUUUUACUACUGAGGAACAGUCAAAUGUCUCCAACUCAAAACCAGAAGAGACGGCUUCUGGGAGGCAGCUAGUUGAGACAAAGCAGACGGUGUUGCUUCUGAAAGGAGUCCGCGAACAGUAUACUUUGGUCAACGAUCAUGAUAUUCCCUCUGUCUCUAAUCCCGGCGAGGUACUUGUCAAGGUUCUUGCAAUCGGUCUGAACCCCAUUGACUGGAAGGCACCAGCAUUCAACUUUGGCAUUCCUAGGCUGCCAUGGAUCAAUGGACGUGAUCUGGCCGGGCAGGUGGUGCAAGUCCCCAGCGACAACUCACGUCUCCGGGUCGGCGACAUUGUCCUCGUCCCGUCAACAGACUACAGAGAUAUUCGCAAAGCUGCGUUCCAAGAAUAUGCCAUCACAACCCACUACAAUGCGGCGCGAAUUCCAUCCACAACGUCGAUUCACGCCUCAGCCUCUGUGGGAGUUGCAUUUGUCGCUGCCGCAUUGGCGUUGGGUGUCUCGUUUGGAGUAGACUUCUCAACUAUUUCACAGUCUCCUGGUCCUAAUCUGGUUAAUGUCGUGAAUCAACUCAAUCGAAAUGAUGUCCCAGAAGAUAUUCGAGAAGAAUGUUUCUCUUCUAUCCGGGAAACAGAACGACCACAACGCGGCGAUUGGCUCGCCAUCUGGGGUGGUAUGUUGAUCCUCGUUAUUGUCAAAUCUAUUUCCACGCUGACUGGUAUUCUUGAAGCAUCAACAACAACUGGACUGGUUACUCUCGAGCUAGCCAAACUGGCCGGACUACGGGUUAUCUGCAUCGCCGACGCUGCGCGGUACGGGUCUAAGCUCCUCGCCGCCGGUGCAGAUGUCCUAGUUGAUCGACAGAACCCUGAUCGCGCUGUGGAUGUCAUCCGCGGCGUGACUGACGGAAAACUGCGUUAUGCAAUGGACAUCGUGGGAAGAGACACCGCGACUCUACUUCAAAAGACACUCGAUCUCACAGGCCAUGCACAUCUUUUGGGACUUACCGGUCUGCCUAAGGAGAGAGACGAGAGAAUCCGCUAUCACACCGUUCCAAUUAAACUCUUCCAUGAAUCACCGAAGGUGGGAGAGAGUCUGGUGUGUUGGCUGGAGAACUUACUACAAUCAACAACACUCACGUUGCCGGACAUUGUUCAGGCCGAUGGGGGACUGGAGGGCAUCAAUGCCGCUUUGGAGACGCUUCGGGAUGGCUCGGUGUCCGGCAAGAGGAUUGUAAUGGAUCUGGGUUCUUCUCGCUCAUGA